CUGUGUUCAUGUUGCUUUUCUUGUGCAUUGAUAGUGUUCUUUAAUGAUGUUUUGAUGGUCCUACAUCGUUUUAAGCGUCCACUCUAAACGAAAUACAGUUCAGAGUGAACGUUGGCGGUGGUUGAACAUAAGUGAGCUCGUGGUAAAACCACUGUUAUCGUUGACUUCAUUGUUAUGUUUAACUGCGUAAUGCAGCUUUCUUAAACUUCAGUCAUGUAGUUUUCAGCGCCACUCGUAACGUAUGUCACCCUUACAACGUCUUAAAUACUUUAUAUAUUCUCAUUUUUUCUCUUUUUAGUUUGUAUCGAAAAGCCCUUUUUGUUUGUUUGAGUUAGCCUGAUUUACGUCUCAAUCUUCGAUCUGAAUAGCUAUAUGGUGGGUGAGAGAGUCAAUUUUUUUUUGGCGUGCAUUUCUUUCUUUUUUGCUUGCUCCUGUUUUAUUCACUUUUGCUGCCCUCUUAUACCUUGUUUUAUAAAGACAGAACUGUCUUUUAUUUACGCGGUGUUGCUCUGCGACAAUUAAAAAUUUAGAGAAGUUGACAUACCCGAUAACAAUAGCUAGGCGCCUAUGUAGUGUAGUAAGGUCGCCUUCCGUUACCGGUGUUCCUUUAUACUUCCAUCAUUGUGCGAGAAACCUGUGGUCAGCUGCUUGAAAGUUUGCCUUUGUACAGGCUCACCUGCUCAGCCGAAGCAUAGAAAAAUUCGGCGCCGUCAUAUGGACUAGCUGCGAUUAGCGAACGAUAAAUUUCACCUGUUACACCUGCAAAACAUUUUCCCUUUCUAAUGUGAGUUAAGGUUGGUGAUACAGUGAUGCAGAAUUAACUUGCUUCUUGGAGUAAUGUACGUGUUGUGUUGCCAUUCGGUGUGUCACAUUCUGGCUAGGAAACAGUAUUUAAUGCUAGAAAGACAAGGACAUGGUGGUUGUGCGAGAUCGAUAUAUGCAUAAGCACUACUGCUGUGACCGCUCGUGCCAUACGCUCGCAGCUCCAAGGUGUUGUCCAUGGUGAACGCUCAUUUGUCAACAAAACGCACUCGAUACGCUUGAUAUGCGCAUUUUUUUGUAAAUCUACAGAAGCACGCACAUAUAACUGGUUUGGUUAAGUUAGCUGAGGCCGUUAUUUUUAAUGGUUCGCUACAUUUUCUAUUCUCGCCUCUCGUCGUUGGCUAGGGUGCUACCGCGGCGCCGUUAUGGCCGAGAUCCAUUCGAUAAGAAUUUGUGAAAUGAAAUAGAUCGUUACGAAAUACGGCCUUCUCGUGCCCUUGGUUUUUCGUGUGUUGGAGUGCUUGUCUCUGCACUAUUCAACAACAGUUAUACCCACGCAGCUAUUGAGCACAACUUUGAGCAAUCGUUAAUCUAACGGCUUGACGAUUUGUGUGUAAUCUAACGGCUUGACGAUUUGUGUGUAGUGAUUUUGAGGAGCUUCUAAUCGCGCUUUUGUGUAGUGUUUUAGGUUAUUUCUACAAGUUUCGGCCGUAUGUUCAAAUGUCACAAAGUUCACUUUCAAACUGUUGCGACGUGUGAGUCAGGGAAGCGUUGUAGUUAGGCUCUUGGUUGCGAAUUUGUUCUGGUCAUGCUACUAACAGUUGUGGCGUUGCAUGAAGACGGUAUUAUUGCUGCCCAAGCACCUUUCAAGCUCUUCAUGCGUAUUGUUUAUUUAUGAUGUUUACCGCCUUUUACGGUCGUUGUCGAGAUGAUCUUAACGCAAUAUCGCCGUUCUAGAGAUUCUCGUCAUUUUACGAGCUAGCGGUGGAUAUCCACGUACAGCCAGGCGGUCCGUUAACAAAUACCGGCAUGUCACGAAAAGCCAAUUGUAUAAAAGUGCCUCUAAAGUAAUUCAUGAUAAGCGUUUUUUUUGUGUGACGAGUUACUUGUGUUAAUCAAAUUUCUAUCUAAAGAUGUUCAUGUCCUUAUUUUGCAGUAAGUAGUGGAUAAUAGUUAGGCUGACCGGCUGCUGCAGAGCGUAUGAAACACCAGUGAUCGCCCCUGGAUAUUUGCGUUAUUGGAGAGCACUUUCAGUAGCUCUUAAACUUUCAUAUACCCCCUGUGGUAUUUCUAUCUGUCAGUAUUCAUAAAUUUUGUAUACCAGAUCGAGCACGCCGCGGAGGAAGCGCGGUUGCAUACAUAGCAGACGACGGUUGUCUUUGCUGCGAAACUGUCGUUGAACGGCGGCGCUGCAGUGAUUACGUUUUGCGGAUCUGCGACUCGGUCUAGCCUGGUCUAGCCACGUUGUGCCGUGAAAUUGGGCCGUGUGUAGGCGCCAUUUUGUUUUACUUGUUACCGUCUUUCCGGGCGUUGUGUGCCCUAGGGAGUUAUGAAAUCGCUAGCUCAUUAUAAUCGUAUAUUAUAAUUUUUUGCGUGUGGACGGGUGUGUCAGGUAUGCCUUGUGAUGACACGGAGAGCCGCAAAAACUGCCACUAAUCGUAGCCAAUGGAGGAACAAGUGACUGCACUCUCGCCGCUGCACAGCAACCAAGUUGCUGAAGUCACGGCCGAGACAAGGACCGCCAAGCGCAAGUCAGGUGAAGCCUCUAACGCAUCCCCCGGCAUCAAGUGGUACAAGCAGAAGUUUAGAGACUCCUGGCUGCAGGACGAGCGCUUCAAAAACUGGCUGGUUAGCGUGCCGCACGAUCCGUACCGUGCCAGGUGCAAACUGUGCAACGCCGAUCUUAGAGCGGGCAAGAGCGAACUGGAGAAGCACGCGCGCACCAAGCACCACCGUGAUACUGUCAAGGCGGUUGAGGACGUGAAGGCCUUGCUGGGCUUCGCCAACCAAGCCGAAGCGCAGACGCUGCCAGAGAUAGUGAACGACAUGCAGUCAGCUGAUCAGUCUAACAAUUCGUUCCAGGUGCAGGAGGAAGAACUGUCGCGGCCCGUGACCGCGCUCGUGCCACGGAGGAGGAGAAUGUCAACCCCACCACCUACAGAGGCUCCAGCGCCAGCUGUCCGGUGUCACCUGCCGCCUUUGGGCAUCUUGCCCCAAGUUCAGUGUCGCGCACCUGAUUUCAAAGGGAUAGCUGUGGUGGACAGCCAGAUCCGGGAAAUUCAACUGAGUGACUAUGAAGGGAAAUUCCUGUUGCUGUUCUUCUACCCUCAGGCCUUCUCUCUCGCUUGUCCCAGUGAGCUUGUUGAAUACAGUGAUCGUGCAGCUGAGUUUCGGAGCCUUAACACAGAAAUCUUGGCAAUAUCCACCGACUCCUACUGCACACACCUUGCCUGGACUAACACCCCUAGAAAGCUUGGUGGGCUUGGCAAGGUCAAUGUCCCCUUGAUGUCAGACUUCACGAAGAAGAUCUCAAAGGACUACAAUGUACUGCUUGAAGAUACUGGAACUGCAUUGAGGGCAUCUUUUAUCAUUGACACCAAGGGCAUGAUUCGUCAGGUUACAAUCAAUGAUGUGAACUUGUACAGAUCAGUGGACGAGUCGCUUCGAUUAUUGAAGGCGCUGCAGUAUGUUGAAAAGCAUGGUGCAGCAAUCUGCGCUUCGUGGGAACCCGAACCUGCCAUGGCCCGUGGGGGUGAGCGCACUAGGGCGCGCAGCAGAGUGGAUAAGUGAGGCCUGUUGCCUGGGACCUUUGUGCACCAUCCAGGGUCAUCACUGGCCGCCUUGUGGCAAUGAUCGUUGUCUCCUUUUAUGUAAUGACAUAUUUUGUUUCUAUUUUCUCAUCUGUACAGUACUUCACCUGCACUGUAAAUAUUUGAAGACAAUUUAAGCUGCUGUUGUAGUGCUCUCUUAAUCUUGUCACCUGAAGAGAGCGUUUUUGGGCAUGGGGGAUGUGCGAUUUCUCUCAUCAAUACUGUUUUGCUUCUUGGGGUAGGUGCUUUUGUUGUCAGGCUGGAGAGCCUGUGAUGAAUUGCUGAGUGCUGUCCAUUGUCACUCAUUUGUGUCUUUAUGGUUAUUUUCCUGUUGUGUGCAUUUUAAAUUAUUUUUAGAACAACCUUUCCUUUUUAGAAAGAAAAGACAAGUGCAUGCAUUGUGUAGGAGCUUGUUUACUUUGGCAAUAUGGAUCCUGAUGUUUUGUUUGCACCCAACUCUGUCUGUUGCAUGAAUUAGUGCCAACGAGAAAUUAGGUUGCCUUAAGUUUAUUUUAUUUUGUGUAUAUCUGCAGUACUGUCUCGGAAUAUGCACUUACAUGCCUGUUUCCUCAGCAAAAUAAAUGCGGUUGUUCUUGAA